CGUUAUCACGGUAUUUACGGUUAGCACUUUGUCUUUUCCAACCAAAGCAUGAAAAUCGUCACGAAAGGUUAAAAAUGGAGAAAUAUAUGGAAAUAUAUGGAGAAAAACAUCAAACCAAACGAUUAAUUAUGGAUUUAACUGAGGAAGAUGUUGAUAUCAUUAGCAUAAGUAGCCAAGAAGGAACACAAAAUCAAACCAUGGAUAACAAUAAAUAUGCGAGUCCAGAACGACGAGAAGUUAGCAUGGUCGAAAAAAGAUCCCCAGUUCUCACCACAAAUCGUGGAAUUAACAGGGUUCUUUACUAUCCAACCUUGGAAAUUAAAGAAGAACUACAGGAGACUAUUCACGAAAAACAUUCUGAGAACAACAAAAGUGAUGAAGUUGAGGAAGACUUAUCUUUUUCAAAACAUCAAUCUAAAGAUACUCAAAAGGAGGAACAACUAGUACAGUCACUUACGAAAGAAAUAGAAAAUUGGAUUAAUAUACAAAAAUCAAAGUCGAAACGGAUCGAAAAUUUAAAAGCGAUUUGUCCAAAUUCGAUAGAGUUAUUGAGUAAAACUAACAACAAUAACGAUCUUGAAAUUAAUAAAACUCUUGAGCCCAUAAAUAAGUUAGUUAAUCACAAUAAUAGCGGGAACGAAGUUACGCGUCAAUUUGAUCUCGAUACAACUAAGUUGGAUAGAACUACCACAAAUCCUAUUAUAGAAAGCAAGAUAGGCGAUAUUAGACAUAAGGUAUCACAAAAGAAUACAUGUAUCACAAAACAAAUAGAUGAUAAGAAUAAAGUAAAUAAUUGUAAAGUUGUGAUAGUUCAAAGGUACGGCAAGGUAGUUAGAAGAUUCAUAAAAGUGAACAAUAGAACUUUAAAAUACCUUGGUUUAACGAAUUUUCUUUUGCGGACAGACAAAAAGUUCCAAAUUAAUGUAAUUCGUAGACUGAAGCGUAAGCAAAAAGUAAGUAGGGCUAAUCAAUUAAUGAAAAAGGCAUUGAUACGCAAACGUGUUACAAAAUUACAAGCCGUAACACGAAAGAUGACUAGACGACAACCCAAAUCCAUUCCAACUACAGAAGAAAAGAAUGAAAUCAAGAUAAAUAAUAUACGAAGGAUGAUGGAGACUUCGUCAGAAACAAGUUCGAGCGACAUCGGACGACAGCUGGAAAAGGAUGAAAAGACAUUACUGCAAAAACUUAAGAAUGAAUUGAAAAUUAAAGAGGAAAUUGUACUGCGGAUAAAACGCAUAAAACACAUGCGCGAAAUUAUACAGCAACUGGAAAAGGAAAAUAUUAGAUAUAAAGCAGUCGAUAAACAGACAGGACAACAGUUGGAAAUUACCAGGACAAUUGACAGGUAUCAUCAUUUAAAAAAUGAAAGUACUGAAUAUAAGGACAAUUUCAUUAUCAAGGAUCAAGCAGAAUGUGACACAAGUCAUGUAAAAAUCAAAGAUUUAAGAUUGGAAGGCUAUCGUGGACCACAAAUAUUUCAAACAAAGUACUUAAUGGAGGAUCAUUUAACGAGACAUGUUGCUAUGGUGCAUACAAAUGACAGCACCCAGCAAGUAGAACAAUUACCAGUAGUUAAAAUUAAACCAUCCACAUCCAGAAUGGCAGACGAGAAUAAAAAAGAAUUGUCCGAAAAAAAAAGGAAA